AUGUGCGACUACACCCAACGAGAACAUGCCUGCGAGCACAUCCGAUGGAUCGCAGCGCGCUGGUGUAGACAAUACACCAUUACGCACAAGCGAUGCCCCCCUAAUAUAACACAUUUCGAAUAUCGACACGAGCUCUGUGGCGACUGUAAGGCCAGGUUGAACCAGAAACCCGUCGCUUGGGAGCACUUGAUCACACGCCCAAACGCUCGCCCUGGCCUCUCCCACUAG